UGCAAUCAGCCCUACAUCUGGAAGUGAGGGCUUUCUGCAGAAUUAAAAAAAGUAAUGUUAUCGCUUUCAAAACUUUUUUUCAUAAAGUCAUCAGCAUCAGCUCGGACCAACAGGCUUAUUUUUACCGCCCAGAAUAAAUCGAACAGGCAUGUCGGACAGACAGAUACGCUGACGACAUCUGGUGGACUGUAGAAUGUCCAGCAUGCUUGAGCUGAAGAAUCGAGUAAUCACGAACCGGCCAAGUUUCAAACGCGUUGUACAAAAUGAGUCCACUUGACGGCGCCAAACACAAUCCAGAAUUAGAAGAUUUCAGACACACACGUGUUCGUCUACUCAUCAACCAGGUAGGCUACCCACCGUGCCCUAGUCGGCUAGUCCAAUUAAGAUGACAACGUUUGUAUAACUAAUUAUCUGCUAUUGUCAGCGAAUUGAAACAGCGUCAUUACGCUUCGAUACAACUUUAGCUUAUUCUAAUAGGCCAACGAAGGACAAACUACAAAAGUUGCUGCUUCGGAAAUGUGAAGUGGCUGCAGAAGGACGAGACGACCCAUGUUUUGCAUUGAUCGAUUGGGAUUGUAAACCGUGUGCAGGUCUUUCUUAACGUGCUGCUGCUACCACCCUGGCAUGACCAAACGGUGCUGCUCUUGAGGUCAUUCGCAUCCUAUUCUUACCCCCUGCACACUUUUUCCUCAGUCCGCUGGUUUUGGACAAUGGGUGUAAAUGAUGCAAACAUGGAUCUUUUCUCUUGUAACUCCACCACGGUCGCAUGGAAACUCGAGACCGCUUUCAUUUCUCUGGCGUUCUCGCUGAUUUUCCUGGUCGGCACGGUGGGAAACUGUCUGGUCCUUGCUGUGCUUUUUCGCACUGGGAAGAUGAACACCAAGACGACAAGUUUGUUUAUUUUUAACCUGGGGAUUGCAGACCUGUCUUUUAUUGUCUUUUGUGUGCCCUUUCAAGCCACCAUUUACACCAUGGACGAGUGGGUGUUCGGCCCGGUGUUCUGCAAAGCGGUCCACUUUCUUAUAUUUCUGACUAUGCACGCCAGCAUCUUCACCCUGGCAGCUGUGUCAUUGGACAGGUACCAGGCCAUCUGCUACCCGCUGCACUCCAGGCAGAUGAGGACACCCAGGUAUGCCCUGGCGUCCAUCUCCCUGGUGUGGCUGCUGGCGCUGCUCUUCUCCGGGCCCUACCUCAGCUACUACCGCCAGGUGGAGCUGGGCGGCAGCCGGGCCUGCCUCCCCGUGUGGGAGCCCGCGCCCCGCCUCGCCAUGGACAUGUGCACCCUGGUCUUCGGCUACCUCCUCCCCUUCGCCGUGCUGGGCGUGACCUACGCCCGCACCGUGCGCCACCUGUGGACCAGCGCCGACCCCCCCCGGACCCCCGACAUGUCGGAGUCCCGCCGGGCCAAGCGGCGGGUCACCAAGAUGCUCAUCGCGGUGGCGGCGCUCUUCGGCCUCUGCUGGCUGCCCCACCACCUGCUGGUGCUGUGCAUGUGGUUCGGCCCGUUCCCGCUCAACCACACCACCUACGCGCUGCGCAUCCUCUCGCACCUGCUGGCCUACAUGAACUCCUGCCUCAACCCCGUGGUGUACGCCCUGGUCUCCAGGCACUUCCGCAAGGGCUUCGGCAAGCUGUUCUGCUGCGCGCUGAAGAAGAGGCCAGGGAACAGGCCCCACGCCGCCUCCAGGAUGGCCGUCCACACGGCCAGCAGCGCGGAGACCUCCAACUGAGGAGCUGGCCCGCGGGGAACCCUUG